UGAAAUAUUGCAAUUGUGAAUUAAUGUGAUGUCUAGGAGAUGGUGAGUCGCCGCCACUUGUCGACCGACUCGACGCGGGACAGCGGCAUUGGCGACGGCAGCAACAGCAACAGUAGCCUCAGUGCCGCCGCCGAGCGCCACAUGUCCCUCGACUCGCAACACUCUCAACACCUCUCAACACCCAUCAACGUCGCCUCUCGCCUUCCAGAAAACAGCUACUUCUACAUAAGGCCUAACCGCUACAUAUUCCACGGCGCAGAAAUGAUGGUGGAUGACCCCAGAGAGCUACUCCCCCCAGCUGACGACAGAUGCGACACCACAACAGCUGCCCAUCAGCUGACAAUCGACCGACAACAGCUGAAGCAGUAUUUGUCGGUGGUGGCGCAUGACAGCAAAAUGUGGGGAAGCAACGCCGCUGCCGCAACCUCGCCCGACGAAGACUUGUGCCUCGUCAAUUCGUCAUCGUCAUCAGCUGUUGAAGCAGGCUCAUCCACCUCACACAAUCUAUCGUCAACAACUUAGGCGGGCGAGAUCAGGUUAGGUAGGUCAUUUUUCUAUUGUGUUGAAAUUGUCGGUUAAGGUUGGAUGACUUGCUAGCGAUGUGAAUACGUUUAUAUUUCGCUGAAGCUAUUACUUUAUUUUCAAUCGUUAAACUCAGCUAUAGUGCAGUCAACAGGAGCAACAAGACUUCAUCACGUAAUUUUCAAGCGUUACAUGUACCUAUAGUGUGGUCAGAAUAAGUAGCGUAUUUGUGGUCAUGAUUGAUGCUAAAACCAAAACUUGGGAGAAACUUGUUCCCUAGAAACCAAGUACUGAAAUCGUUCGUUCUUACGCUAUUUAAAUCUUACUGAGCAAAGUUUUGGUCUAAAAAUUUCCCAUAAAUACGGCUCUAAUUUUUGUUUCGAUACUUCAAGUGACUUGGCUGAAGAAUGAGUAUUUUCGUCGCUAGUUGGUGUAUCUUCCAAUACAUUUCUCAAAAUUUGUAUCUCUUUUUUGAAUUCAUGCUGAAUUAAUUUAUUUUUUGAUUAUUUUUACCUAUUUUUUACAGCUUCCUUGUAAAUGUUAGUUUUUCUUUAGAAAGAUUAUUUCAUGUUAUUAUCAUAGACAGUUUGAAAUGUAACUUAGCUAGAUUGCACCAAUCGCGAUCAACUGUCUUGAAUAAACUGAUCAUACCUACUCAGAAUGGUAAAUUAAACUAGUAAUAGUUUGAACCACUAGCAGUUCCGAUUUGAAUGAUCAAAAUGAAAUGACUUUCAGAUUGAAAAUGCUUUCUGAAAAAACAUCAGUAUAUUCAGUAUUUUUGUAACAAAAAAUUACCAAAGUGAGAAUGUAACUUAACUCUGACAACAUUAGCUAAAUUUGUGUUUCGACGCAGGUUGACAAUGUUUUCUUUGUGUCAAAUGUUUAAACAAUAUUAAAUUUGAAUACAAAUCGGAAUGAUUUGGUCAGGCUUGAACUAUUUUAUAUCGUGUAAGAGAGUAUUUCAAUAGAUUUUCAUCAAUACUGCGAAAAUGGAUGUAGUAGUAUAGAAUAGGUAUAUUUUAUUAUUUGAAACACUUUUUAAAUGACUGCAGGACGGGAUGAGGUCUGUGCACUUUCUACACAAACUUGAAUCUUCUUCUUAGUUGCUCCAAUGAUAGCUUAUAUCUUAUGAUAUAUGGAAAUGAUGUGGAAAUUAUUAUUGUGUUGAGCUCCUCUUCGGGUUUUCUGAAAUCAUUUAUACAUUUUUUGACACUUGAAUAUUUUUGCUGGGAAUCGCCCGAAUUCAACCAUUUAUAUUGAAGAAAUUUAGAUACCUAAGAUUCAUUUAUUAAUGUACAAAUUACAGUUCUAAGUGAAAAACGUAUGUUAUGUAUUUCCAACUGAUAUUUUUUUAAUUAUUUGUAUAUAAGUCUAAAAUGGAUUGAUAACUUUCUUUCUGGGUUUAACACGGGAGUUUGAUAUCUUACUUUCAAAUGUUAUUUAUUCUACGAUACCACAUCGUAUCAAUGAAGUAGGUUGAUUCUACGUGAUUUAUUCUGUUAAAUUUUGUUUUCUUACCUUUUGGUAAGGUAAAAUUGCCAGAUAUAGAACUAUUUUUCUAUUAUUACACGAAACUGUUGAUCAGUUCUUUGCAUAAUUUCCUAAGAACCCUAAUCAUUGUUUUUUUUUCACUAAAUAAUUUCUUCGUUCCUCAUUCUAUCACAGUUCUAUGAAUUGAUAAUUAGUAAAUUUGGAAAAGUAAAAUCAUAAUCAAAGGUAUGAUUAUAAAGGAACUACUAAGGUAUAAUCUAUUAUUAUGAUUAUUGUUGCUCUCAAUUCAAAGUAUUCUUUCUCAAUUUCAUGAUUUAAGUCUCGCAUUUAACACUCUUUCAAAAAUGUUUAGUGCUGCAUUCUUGUAGCCUAAUGUAAUUUCUAUUUGUCAUGUAGGUUGUACAAACCACGAACCUGAUCUAUUUUUAGUGCCACCGUUUCAAACAUUUUUUAUUUGAUUAUUAUCAAAUUCUCAUUUAAUGAGAAUGUACAGUUUGUUUUAUAUCCCCUCCUAAAUGUUUCAUUCAAAUGACUUGUCAAUCAAUUCAAGCAGAGAAUAUAUUUUUAUAAUUUAUUUUUCACCUUUAUUUUAAUGUUUGUAUUUGAAUGAACAUCAUUGUAUGAUAUUUUCUCUGAAAUAAUCCUGUUCUUAAUAUUUUGAGAAGAUCCAUAAUCAUCUAAUAUAUUUAUGUUGUAUGCGUGAUAUAAUAUUAUAUGUAUAAUCAUUUUUAUAUUAGUGAUUCGGAACCAACCUAAAACAUUGUAGGACAACUAUCUUUCCCUCAACAAUAUUAAGAAAAUGAUGUAAAUCAUAAAGGCCAAUUGAUAAAAUAAUUAUUAAACAUAAUUUGGUACAGAGGAUGAUAUUUAUUGAAAAUUUAUUCCUAAUUAUUUAUUCUCCAUUUAAUGCUUCCAUUGUUAACAAAAAAGUUGACUUUUCUUCUGUUAUAUUUACUGUAUUUAUUUAUUAUCCAAUCAUGGUGAUUAUCCUAGUAAUUUUCAAAUUUCCCAUAAAUAUUUUAUUCUAAUGCUUUAUUUUAAUACAUUCAAAUUACAUUCAAUUAGCUAUACUUGAUCAUGUAUCACCUUUUUUUACAAAUUUGUCGCGAUAUUCCAAAUUCUUUAAUAAGCAUAUUAAACUAGUAAAAAGUUGCAUAUUAGCCUACCCAUUGACUCAACAUUUUUUGACAAAAAUCUGAGUUUGUAAUAGCGUUACAUGGUUUUGGUGAUACUUGCAUGUAUUUUGUUUUAAUUUCUGAAAAAAUGUCUCCCAUUUAUUAAAUAAUUAUAUUAUUGACCACAUUCACUCUGCAUUUAAAGGCUUGCAUUGUUCUUAGUAGUAAUAUUAUAAUAAAUGAUCACUCAACAUUUUAAAUUAACUCUAUGCAAUGUAUACAUUAAUUUUCAUCUUAGUGUGAUAACUUGAUAUUAAUUGUUGUUGGUAUUUAUUAGUUUAAUAUAACAAUUUAUUGUUUAGAAAUGAUUAUAUUUUCAAUUGAAUUUGUUCAUAUUCUUGUUUGUAAUUUGUGUUCCUUUGGCUGUUUGUUGAUAGAAUUUUAGGUAAUUAGAUGUAUUGUUAUUUUUUAUUUCUAAUAAAAUAGGUUUAUGAAUUGACGGAAAGGAAGCAAAUACCAAGUGAUAGCUAAUUUAUAUGCCUCAAUUUUUAUUUUUCAAUAUUGAUAUUAAGAACCAUUUUCUUGACAAAUUUUAAAAUUUUAUAUUUCAGCAUGCAUUUGAUUUAAACCACUGCACUAUCAUCGAUUUAUUCUAAUAAUAUAUGGAAAACAUUAUUCUUCCCAUACAGUGUUACAUAAGUGAUAUUGUUCUGAUUCACUUCAUUGAAUUAUUAUUGAUAAAUCAACUUUAUAAUAUAAAUAAUAGCAUGCAAUUAACAAAUAUUCACAUAAAAAAAAUACAAAACUCAGAUCAUUGGCGAAACAAAUUUAAAUUGCCGUUAUGAAACUCGCCAUAGGUCCAACUAUAAUAUUAUGAAAUCCCUCAAUUGACACAUGGGUCAGAACUAUCAAAUUCUUAUUACUUAGCACACAUUUUAUAUAGAAACAUUCCAAAUGAGAUCAGAGAGGCUGAGGUGUGCUGUUUGGCCGUGUAUAGGAGGGGUGUCGACAGGUGGCUAUAUAGCAUUGGCUGGGAGGCAGCUGAAGCCCUUCUCUGCUCUCGUUACACCCGCCAACAACCCUUGUAGUGAUAAAAUUCCUUGAAAUCAUUAAGUGAUUUUUCUUGACACUAUGUAAAUGUUAUUUUUUCCUUUUUUUAAUGAUAAAUUAGUCCUUUCUCUUAUUUGUAUCCCAGCGUGACACGGUCUCAGAGCCAUCCUCUCUCAUUAUGAAUAAGUUAUCUUUCUUCAUUUUUCUUAUUUUUUAAAAUAUAUUCAUUUACUUUUUAAUUAUUAUAAAAAAUAUUUUGUGAUUGCAAAUGUGUUGUCCAUGGAACUCUCCUCCACACGCAGACGAUUGGUCUUUGUGGGGGAAUUCCGUGCACUAUAUGUAUCUCGCUUGCUAUUUUUGUAAAGUACCUAUUUUGUAAAGAAGGAAUAAAGAUUAUUUGAAUUUAAAAUUUGAAUUCAAUUUUGAAAUUGAAGAACUUGAGGUUCAUUUCAUUUUGACCAAAGAAAUUGUUGAUGGACUCUUCAAAAAUGUAUAUUAAAUAUAUGGUAUUUGUUUCCUUUCCCAGUGGACGAAGAUAUUCUCUCAUAUAAGUUGGCGAAAGUGGAUGAAAUUAUUGUAACAGAUCAAUUACGAGAAAAUGAUAGUGGCUAACUUUGAAUUUAAGGCUGUAAUAAUUAUUAUCAAUUAUUGAGCAGAUAGAUUUGUUUAACCUGCCCUGCCUUUCUCUUGCUUUUUCAUAAAAUAUGCUAUGCAUCCUCUAUGAAUCUUCUAUUAAUCGUUUGGUGUCGUGCCCUGUUCUCGUGAAUUGAACUAUCUUAUGAAAAUAAUUAUUCAUGCAAUUGAUAAAAAAUUGCUCCAUUCACAACUAUUAUCUCAUCUAUUUUCAAUUCGUUAUUAUUUUAGUUAAAUGAUCUGGUUAUCUUGACGGAAUUUCAUGUUUCAGACAACUUUUUCUCAAUAAAAUCUCUGGUUGGAAAUUCAACUCAGAUUGGGAUUCUAUCAAUUUCUCUUUAUUGAUUUGUUACGAUAAUUAUUGUAUAGUUCUUCAAGACUAAUCAUUUCACCUCAUGUCUAGGCUUUUACACCUGUAUUACUCCAUAUUAUAUUGUUAUACUAGAUUUAUUUAAUUAAUUCAAACAAUUUUAAAGUAUUCGGUGUUAGAAUUUAGAUAGGAAUCUUCUAAUUGUAGCCUACUGAUGUAGGAUAAUUUCAAUGAAAAACGAGGCUCUAGUUUGAAAAAGAGGUAAAUUCCAAAAUUGCAACUUUUUUCAAUUAGGUUGAAAUUUUGGUGCUUCAAUCUUUUUCGAAGUAAAUGCUUCAUUAACGUUUUGUAUAUUUUAUAAUUAAUAUAAUGUUUGUUAUUUAAUAAUAUUAGAUAGAUGAUUGAUUAAGACCUAUGAAAUUAACUUCCAAACUCAAUAUGUUUCAUUCACUUAGGCUAUGACAAUUUAUUUUCAUCGAUAGAGAAUUAUUAAAUUUUCUCUGUAGGCUAAUAUUGUGUGUAUGAACUGCUUCAGGUUGAUAUCAAUCCAAUUUAUUAUUUUUCCCCCUAGUUGAAUUUAUCUCUUUUUUCUACUUUCUGAAAUAUUAUGAGGAAUUUCAUAGUGUAAAAAAUCUUCCUUUUCUACCUGCUAUUUCAAAAUCGUUUUUCUCGCCUCCAUGUUUCUUUUUUAUUAUCAUUUUUUGUUUUCUUUUUUCUGUUCUUUCAUAUAUGAUUUUCUUCCUGUCCCUUUUCUUUUCUCCCUCAGAAACAUUACUAUAAAUCUUGUCACUUGAUAUUAUUUUAUCUACGUUAUGAACUAAUUAUAUUUUUAUCAUAAUUGAUAUUUUACAGUAAUUUGAUCGUAUUACUUCUAACUUUACUCACCUUUGUAAAUUUGAACUUUUUUUUAAGGCUGCGUUUUUCUGAACCAGGAUCGAAUUCUAUCUACAAUCAGCUGAUCCCGUAUUAAAUUUAACUCCGGUUAGCAAACACAGCCUUUGAAAAACAACUUCAAAUUUAUUUAUUGUUAGACUAUUUUUAAAUCAGAUACAAAAAAAUCAAAGUGCAAUAAUUACAACAUUUGGUUACAAAUUUUAGGUUCAGAAUAAAUUAACUGCUGCAACUACUAUAGCACCUCAUUUCCAUUAUAAAUCAUGUUUUGAUAGCAACAUGCCCAUAAAUUAUUAUAUUUAUAAGGUAGGACUAUUUCAUUGUAUGAAGUUAUUGAUGAGUUCAUCAAUUUCUAACAAAAUUAAUGUUUGCUCUGUUUCUUCAAGACAUUCAGCACCUGGAUGGAUUGAGAUGAGAAUUUUUGUCAAGAAAAUUACGAAAAGCAAGAACAAAAUCGUUGAUCAUCAACUUCUCAGUAAACUAAGUUACCUUUACCUCAUCUUUCUAUAUUUAGCUGGUUUCUAUAAGUAUAAAAAUUAAUUUCAAUCUCUAUAAAGCCUAAAACUAGAUGACUAGUUUAUGAAAUGGAAUUUUUUCUUAUUCUAAAAUAUAGUCUACCUAGAAAAUACUACUUCUCAAGCAAUACUCUUACUCAUUCAUGAUUCUAGCACGAUUUAACUCAAAAAUGUCUAUGUAACCUUGUAAAUUAUUUGGAAUUGAAAAAGUAUAGUUAUAAGUGCUUCUAGUUAUAGGAUUUGUGGUGAAGCAUUAGAGAAAAUUGAUAUUAAAAUCUUUUUCUACAAAGGUUGUGCCACUCCCACUGUAUUGCUGUAUUGUAUAGUUUGAAAUAUUCUAUUGUAAAAUUUUACCUGUUGUAUUUAUGUGCUUUUAAAAAAUGUGUUUUUUAUGUAACAGUAAAACCCCUUGUGGUUAAUCUAUUCACGUACAUUGUAUAUUUUUCUAUCAAAUAUUACAGUCUCCUUUUGCAAAUCUUGAAUUACUAAUCUAUCAAUUUAUUCUUCUGUAUCAAUGUUGUCAAAAUUUUCAGUGUAAAUAAAAAUAUAUGCUAAAGA